UGUAGCGGGCGGGACGCGGUGCCUCCUGCGCAGCGUUCCCCCGUGCGGGUCGAGGCGGGGCCAUGUCGGGCUUCAGCCCGGAGCUGAUCGAGUACCUGGAGGGGAAGAUCUCCUUCGAGGAGUUCGAGCAGCGCCGGGAGGAGCGCAAGAGCCGCGAGAAGGAUGGCGGAAAUGCGUCUGCUGAGGAAAAUGACGAGGAUGUGGAGGGUCCAUCUUCAUCCAAAAAAGCAUCUUCGAAAUCCCAAAAUCAGGAUGAAGCUGAUGGAGAAACAUCAGAUGGUGUCAGUAAAUCUGUUCAUCGGGUCUUUGCAUCCAUGAUUGGGGAAAAUGAAGAGGAGGAGGAAGAGGAAGAGGAAGAAGAAGAGGAAGAAGAGGAGCAAACUACUGAGCAACCAACGGCUGGAGAUGUUUUUGUUUUGGAGAUGGUACUUAAUCGAGAGACCAAGAAAAUGAUGAAAGAGAAGAGACCUCGCAGCAAACUCCCUCGUGCCUUGAGGGGUCUGAUGGGAGAGGCCAACAUCAGGUUUGCUCGAGGAGAGCGCGAGGAGGCCAUUCUGAUGUGCAUGGAGAUCAUUCGGCAAGCUCCUCUUGCUCAUGAGCCGUUUUCCACUCUCGCCAUGAUCUAUGAAGACCAGGGUGAUAUGGAGAAGUCACUACAGUUUGAACUGAUUGCAGCUCACUUAAAUCCUAGUGAUACGGAGGAGUGGGUUAGACUGGCAGAAAUGUCACUGGAACAGGACAAUAUUAAACAGGCUGUUUUUUGCUACACAAAAGCUCUGAAAUACGACCCCACCAACGUGCGUUACCUGUGGGAGAGAUCCAGCCUGUACGAGCAGCUGGGGGAACACAAGAUGGCCAUGGACGGCUACAGGCGCAUUUUGAAUCUCCUGUCUCCCUCUGAUGGGGAACGAUUCAUGCAGCUGGCUAGAGACAUGGCAAAGAGUUAUUAUGAAGCCAAUGAUGUGACCUCUGCUAUUGAGAUAGUGGAAGAGGCCUUUACUAAACACCAGAGCCUUGUCUCCAUGGAAGAUGUCAACAUUGCAGCUGAACUGUACAUUUCCUCCAAGCAGUACGACAAAGCUUUGGCGGUUAUUACAGAUUUUACAGGUAUUGUACUCGAAAAAAAAGUACUAGAAAAAGGUCCAACUGAGGAGAAGAAGGAUCCAGGUGCAGUGGUAGAAACUCAGGAAGGCCAGGAGGCAUUGACUGAUGACCAGAGUCAUCCAGAUGCUGAAUCCAGUGCUUCAGCUGUGGAGAAGGUCAGCUGCUGCAUACCUGAGGGCGUUCCCAUAGACAUCACAGUCAAACUGAUGGUGUGCUUGGUUCACUUGAACAUCCUAGAGCCACUCAGUCCUCUUUUGACCACACUGGUGGAACAAAAUCCAGAAGAAAUGGGUGACUUAUAUUUGGAUGUGGCGGAGGCAUUUCUGGAUGUUGGAGAAUACAACUCAGCACUGCCUCUCCUGAGCUCCCUGGUCUGUUCAGAGCGAUACAACCUGGCUGUUGUCUGGCUUCGGCAUGCAGAGUGCUUGAAGGCUUUGGGACACAUGGAGCGUGCCGCUGAGAGUUAUGCCAAAGUUGUUGAUCUUGCUCCAUUGCAUCUGGAUGCAAGAAUCUCACUUUCAACACUUCAGCAGCAGCUGGGCCGACCUGAGAAAGCUCUGGAGGCUCUGGAACCAAUGUAUGAUCCAGAUACACUGGCUCAGGAUGCUAAUGCUGCUCAGCAGGAAUUGAAGCUGCUCCUCCAUCGUUCGACACUGUUGUAUUCCCAAGGCAAAAUGUAUGGUUAUGUAGACACCUUACUCACAAUGCUGUCAAUGCUCUUGAAGGUAGCAAUGAGCAGAGCUCAGGUGUGUUUGAUAUCUAGUUCCAAAUCUGGAGAGAGACACCUCUAUCUUAUUAAGGUGUCGAGGGAUAAAAUUUCUGACAAUGAUGACCAAGAGACAGCAAAUUGCGAUGCGAAAGCAAUUUUUGCUGUUCUGACAAGUGUUCUGACUAAAGAUGACUGGUGGAACCUGCUCCUGAAGGCCAUAUAUUCCUUGUGUGACCUCUCCCGGUACAAGGAGGCAGAACUACUAGUGGAUUCCUCAUUGGAAUAUUACUCAUUUUAUGAUGAUAGACAAAAGCGCAAGGAGCUGGAAUACUUUGGGCUCUCUGCUGCAAUUCUGGACAAGAACUUCAGAAAAGCUUACAAUUAUAUCAGAAUCAUGGUUAUGGAAAAUGUCAAUAAACCUCAGCUGUGGAACAUCUUCAACCAAGUGACUAUGCAGUCUCAGGAUGUCCGUCACCAUCGCUUUUGCCUCCGCCUGAUGCUGAAAAAUCCCGAUAACCACGCGCUGUGUGUCCUCAACGGGCACAACGCCUUUGUAUCUGGCAGUUUCAAGCAUGCUCUUGGACAGUACGUGCAAGCCUUUCGUUCAAACCCAGAUGAACCUCUGUACAGUCUUUGUAUUGGCUUGACCUUCAUCCACAUGGCCUCUCAGAAAUACGUGCUGAAAAGACAUGCUCUAAUAGUACAGGGAUUCUCCUUCCUUCACCGCUACUUGGACCUGCGUGGUCCUUGUCAAGAGUCUUUCUACAACCUUGGCCGUGGCCUUCACCAGCUGGGAUUACUGCACCUGGCAAUCCACUACUACCAAAGAGCGCUUGAACUUCCUCCUCUCACCUUAGAGGGAAUAGAAACUGAUCAGACAGACUUGAGAAGAGACACUGCCUUUAAUUUGUCACUUAUUUACCAGAGCAGUGGCAAUACCAGAAUGGCUCAGAAAAUGUUGUACACCUACGCGGUUGUGUGACGAGGUUUGUGGCAGGUGGAGCUGAUACCCUUUGUAUUGACAACUAUGCAUUGCUGAGGAAACUGGGUUUAUGUACAGCUUUUUCUGUAGAUGGUCAGAGCCCUGGCUCAUGCUGUGUAUGUCUUUGUGGACUUUUUCUGCUUCUGACAUGUGAACUGAAUCGUGUGGAUGGGAACUGUCCGUUCUGAGCAGAGCACUGACAUGCUCAGCUGUCUUCUGCUUUGGUGCACUGCUCUCUAAUCUGAUAUUCAGUCUUGUAUAUAGAAUCAAACAGUGAAAACUGAGGCCCAGUGAGGUUUGCUGGGUUUUUUUCAGGGGGAAAAUGUACAAUGUGCAGUAUUACAACUAAUCACCAGUGAGGUUUUUGAAGAAGCCACAUUCACUGGUGAUGAAGGUUUUUUAAUGUGCAGCAUUAAAUUACUAUAAUAUAGGAGCAAUGGGCUAAUACUAAUCCCUAGAGGAUGAAGAACUCAGUAUUUCAAGAUCUUUAAAUUAUUCAGAAUUUUCUAGGAGUUCAUAUUCCUAGCAGUUGUUCUAUUUGAAAGGGAUUGAUUUUUGGUUUACUGAAAUUAAUGUGACCUUUGUUCUUUUGGACUUGUUAAUAAAAAUUGUGAUGUUAAUGAUG